AUGUCUGAAACUCGACGACGACGUAGGACUUCAAGUACCGGUAGACCCUCAUCCUCAAUAGUCUCCGAGAAGGAGGAGUUUGAUAUGGAGGUGUGGUCAUUAAGGAAUCGAGCGACUGAGGUUCCCCGUAUGUACCAGACGACCCAACGUUGGGCAGCCGGGCGGGUGGAGGCUCUUGUGAAGGCUCUUUGUAUGCAAUACUGCUCGAGUCUUCAGCCACACUCGGGCCAAGGACAGCCACCGAUGUACGGAGAUUAUGAAGCUCAGCGUCACUGGAUGGAACUCACUUUCCAUACUCCUAUGAAGGAGUGGUAUCGGAGUACAGUGAACAAUGAGCCCUCUUAUUGGCCUAUAGACUACCCUCCACUGACAGCAUACCAUUCGUGGCUCAUGGGGUACUUUACCGAUCUCUUCGGCAUGCCUCAGGCGAUUGAGCUCACUGUCUCUAGAGGUUACGAGGAUCUUGAUCACAAGACUUUCAUGCGAUGGACAGCCCUAUUGCCUGAUAUAGUUCUGCUGGGAUCUGGCAUGUUAUGGUAUUUUUACCAUCUUCCUUGGCUGUCAGUGAAAUCCAAAGCACUGUGCUUUGCAGCAGCUCUUUUCACGCCCGGUUUUGUUCUGAUCGACCACUGUCAUUUCCAGUACAACUCGGUAGCACUAGGUCUUCUUAUGUGGUCUAUCAACUUCAUCACGCAGCCAGAAUUCAACAAGCAUUUGAUCGGGGCCUUCCUCUACUCCCUUGCUGUCAUGUACAAGCAGACCUUCCUCUAUUUCGCACCGGCAAUGUUCGCCUACCUUCUAGGCCAGGCCAUAGCCGCUAGCUACAACAAAAAGGACGUCCUGAAGCGUAUCAUGGCCUUGGGUUUGGUAGUAGCCUCAUCAGUGGUAUUAGCUUUGCUGCCUCUUAUCAUUGCUGAUGGUGACUUUACUGUUAUCAACCGACUGAGAGAGAAAAUGUUCCCUUUCAAACGUGGCUUGUACGAAGAUCAUGUGUCGAAUGUAUGGGUGAUGCUAUCGCCGGUCCUCAAGCUCCGUCGCUGGUCGUUGGCCUCUGAAGGGUUUGCUCGAAUCAUGGUCAAGGUUUGCACUCUUUGCACAUUGCUUGCCUCCUUACCCUCGGUGUUGGAUUGCAUCUUCCGACCUCCACAGACUAACAAACGGCAGCGCUUCCUCGCUUGUCUGUUUCAGUCGAGCCUCUCAUUUUUCCUUUUCAGCUGGCAAGUCCACGAGAAGGCCAUACUGCUCCCCCUCCUCCCGGCUAUGCUCCUCCUUCCCGAUCAGCCCAUAUUCAGCGUAUCUUUUGGGAUGCUAUCGACAUUGAGUUUAUGGAGGCUCAUGGAGAAAGACAACCUCCAGGUAACCUAUCAAACUCGGGGGAGUGUCGGAGUAAUCAG